AUGUCAGCAGCUAUUUUACCUACGCCUGUUGUAAAUCCAAACAUACAGGUUGAACAUUAUCAUUUGAGGGAGAACCCAGAUAAGCUUUCAGAAAAGAUCUGGGUUCCUGUUGUUAAGCUUUCACAGCCAUUUUUAUGGAGAAAUGGAUAUAAUAAUAUGACAGAGCCAGCGGCUUCGAAAAAAAUAGAUUUAGAGAGAGGACCGGAAUCUAAAUUCAGUUCGGAAUCAGGUAGUAAAUGUUCUAAAGAAAGUCGUCAUACAUAUUUUCUUUUUCCUCCGGAAAUGCAAAAUUCACAAAAAACAUCGGGAUUGGAAAAAACGUUUUCGUCAAUUGUUAAUUCAGAGAGAACAACAGCAAAUUUUUCCUUUCCUAGAAGAUCAGCUAUAAGAUCAUUGGCUACUCCUGUUCAAGGUGGGGAUUUAAAGUCCAAUUCACCUAGUUUGAGUCCUUUUACAGAGGCUAUUCGAAGACCUUUUACUAUUCCACAGUACGAAGUGCCUCAUUUAUCUCCGGAUAAGUAUCUUACAUCAUCGUCAAUUAUUUCUUUAUCUUUUCCUUUGAAAGAGCUUUAUUAUACGCAUUAUAUUAUAUUACUUAUUGGUUUUAUAUUUCCCCCUUUAUGGGUUUUAUAUGGAUUUCAUUGCUUAGAUUGCUAUCUUCCUUAUACACCCUUCACAAUGGAACAAGAUAUAAAAAGAUAUAAAUUUAUUGCAAGUAUUCUUGGGGUAAUUGUUGGUGUAUCAAGUUUAAUUGGUGUGAUUGUUAGUAUUUCUAUGAUAGUAACUCUAAGAAAUCAAUAG